AUGGAUACUUAUGAAAGUAUAUUAUUGGUAAAAAAUGAAGUUUUCGUCUUCAAAAUACCACCACGAACCACUAACAGAGGAUACAGGUGAAUAUAGUAAUACAUUUUCAGAUUCUAAUUGUCAAUUGAUGGACAGAUAUAAAAAAUAUUAUCUAUUUACUUUUGCCAACUCUCACUUUUAUGUAUUUUAAAUGAUUAGUAUUGAAUAUUUGUUUUUAAUUUAAUUUUUUUAAAUUAGGGCGGCUGAUUGGAAUCUAGCUGAACCGACAUGGACUGGUCGCAUGAGGAUUGUGAGUGUAGGUGACGCAUGUACUCUUAAACUCGAAGAUCGUACCAAUGGAGAACUAUUUGCCAAAUGUCCCAUUGAUCAGUAUCCAGGUGUUGCUAUUGAGUCUGUUUCAGAUUCAUCCAGAUACUUUGUUGUACGCAUUCAAGAUGAAAAUGGUAUGUUUUUAUUGACCUAAUUUAAACUGUUGAUGUUAUUAUAUACAUAUAUGUAUGUAUUUUAUUAGGCCGUGCUGCUUUUAUUGGUCUUGGGUUUGGAGAUCGUUCAGAUAGUUUUGAUUUAAAUGUAGCAUUACAAGAUCAUUUUAAAAGACUUAAAGUGUGUGCAGAAAUAGCAAAAGAAAAAAACGAACCUAAACAAGAACUAGAUCUAAAAUUUAAAGAAGGAGAAACAAUUAAAAUUAAUAUGAAAAUUACUGUAAAUAUACAUUUUCAAAUAUGGAUACAAUAAUAGUUUUGUUUUAUUAAUGUUUAUAAAAUUCCAUUUUUGUCUUAAGAAAAAAGAUGGCAGUGAAGGUUCCAAUAAGCAAGCUAAACCUCGUCCAACGUCUACUGGUAGUGGAGGAUUAUUGCCGCCUCCGCCAGGUUCAUCUGGUGUAAAAAUCAUUCCAGCACCACCUUCACAAACAUCGUCUCCAUCGCAUCAAUCCAAUACCAGUUCUAAUAACUGGGGUGAAUUUACUUCGGCGAAUAAUACUUCUCAAUCAGGUGGAAAUUCUAAUCCUAACUGGGUGCAAUUUUAA